AUGAAACUGUUGGCAGCAUUGGCUGGAAUUGUUGUUGCUUGUCUUGUUCUUGAAUUGGAUGGUCAAGAACUAUUAGGUCGUGCUGUGAGGCUUGAUUUGGCCCGUGAGAGGGGUGCAUACACCCCACAAAGCGGCAAGGAGAGCAACUCUUACCAGAAGGGUGGUCAGACCCAAACCAUAUUUGUAUGGGGUUUUGACAAAUCUCUUGAUGUGGAUGAGAUCCGCAGCAGUUUAGAAGAACAUUUCGGUUCCUGCGGGGAGAUCACAAGGAUUUCAGUUCCAAAGGAUUAUGACACCGGUGCUUCCAAGGGGUCAGGUUACCUAGAUUUCACAGAUGGUGAUAGUUUCUCCAAUGCCUUGGAACUUAAUGGUUUAGGACUUGGGGACUACGCCUUGACAGUAGAGGAGGCAAGGCCAAAAAGUGAAAACCGUGAAGGUGGUGGAUGGAGUGGUGGUGGCAGGAGCGGCGGUGGUAGAGGUGGCAAAGAUAGUGGUGGACGAUUUGGAGGCCGACGUGGAGGCGGCCGAGGUGGUGGUCGCUUUGGUGGUAGUGGUUUUGGCGGUGGUAGGGGAUGUGGAAAUAAACCAAACAUGGGCGCAGCUGGUACAGGUAGGUCAUGAAGUCUCAUUACUUAUUAGCCAGUGUCUGGAACAGAUAAAUUGUAUGAUCUGCAACCCGAGGAUUUUGUGUAAUAUCUCAGUUCCCAUAAGUUGAGCCCAUUAGCGUGAAUGAAUGUGAAUAUGAUGAAAUAUAUUAUAUAACAGGUGUAUAUUA